AUGCUGAAUUAUUUCAUAGCAGUGUGUGCUUGGUUGUUGUUUACUUUGGUAGAUGGUUACAUCGUGGAAAAUCCAUGCACAUAUUGCAUCGGUGAUAUGCAGAGUGAUACGGAAACAUUAUCUGCUGAGCUAACCGAAGCAUCCGAAACAGUUUCUAAUGCUGAUAGCAAUGGAACAUCGAAUGGGGAGCUUCUGGUUUAUACAAUAGAUUAUCCGAAUCUGCAAAAAGUACAAUCCUGCUUUACAGCAAGAAACGGUCUUGCUCUGCGGGAUAUAAAACGAGUGUUCUGUUUAGAUCUGGGCCUUGGAAACGAAUUUGAAAAUGCGGUUCUUUCUCGGCUCGACUCGUUUUUCAGAAAUGUUGAUACCCAUUUCGCACUCUUUCUUCUAAACUGCUGCAUCAGAUUUCAUGGACAAGACGCUGAUUUAUCUAAAGAUUUUGAACUGUUCAUGGGUAGCGAGCAAAGUUAUCUUGGUCACGAUAAAAAUGUGCGAGUUAUCUUCAGAAACGAGGGUGCUAUCGAUAUAAAUAGCAGAUCAAGAAUUCAAAUGGUUGCCAAUGGUAUAUUCAGAAAAAAAAACUUGGCUUCAGAUACGAAAAACAUAGAAUUUGAGCAAUUCCAGGUAGAGAUUACGAAGGUUGAGCAUCCACAUAUUAUAAGGAAUUGUCAAAACAGAAUGUAUGAGUUUAUAUUUCACUGCUAUCCGGAUACAUUCUUAUCCGUAGAUUAUGAACAAUAUUUAGACAUCCAGGGAAAAUGCUUCAAUGCUAUGCUAGGUAAUCAAAUACCUGAGGACGUCAAAAGUAAUGAUAUAAAAAGGAACCCCAUCAUUGACGUGCAUUUAGACAAUGAUUUAAGUAGGUUAAUUUUAUACAACAUAGUUGAUAGCUGUAUUUAUGAGGAUUAUUGCGAUUUUAGAACCAGAAUAUUUUCAGAGUCACCAGAUCAAGAUACUGAGCAAGCUGAUAAUGCGUCUGAAUUUGCCAGUUACAACUAUUAGAUCAGAGAAUGCGCUGGUUGCAUGCCUGGGAAAAUAAUAAACA